AUAUAUAAAUAUAUAUAUUGUCAUCGAGAGCGAGGCCAGAGGCGCCAGCGAGACGAGAUCCGACAUGCCGUCCCAGGAGCAGAAGGUCUAUGGGGAUACGACACAGCCGCUGCCGCGCCGGGCCGCAGGAGACGGCGUCUACUACAACCGGAAGGACAAGAGUGAUCUUGGCGAGAAUUUUGUGGCGCCCGAUGGCGGCUGGGCGUGGCUGGUGUGCAUCGCCGCCGGCAUAUCGAAUAUGUCGCUGUAUCCGUGCCUGCAGCAGUUCGGCCUGCUGUUCGGCCAACGCCUCAGUGUCCUGGGCCUGAGCAGCUCCCAGGUGACGACCAUAGUCAAUACGCAGCCGGCUGUCGCUGCCUGUUCGGGCCUGCUCAACGGGCCCAUGUUUCGGCGCUUCACCUUCCGCCAGGUGGCCAUGGCGGGUGCGCUGCUCUCCUUCACCGGCAUCGCGCUGAGCGGCUUCUGCGAGACCUUCGCCGGCUACAUAGUCGCCUAUUCGGUGCUUUACGGCUUUGGCAUGAGCAUCAACGUGUCGGCCUCCUCGCUGGCCAUCAACACAUACUUCCAGCAGAAGCGGCGACGCGCCGCCGGCUUCUCGUGGACCAUCACCGGACUGGGGCCGAUCUUCUUUCCAUAUCUGGUCACCUUCCUGCUGAGCAUCUACGAUGUCCAGGGCACGGCGCUGAUCUUUGCCGCCCUUUCGCUGCACAGCUUUGUCGGCGCGCUGAUCUUUCAGCCGGUGCGCUAUCACCUGCGCCCGAACGCUGCGACUGCGGCUGCGGCUGAGGCUAAGGAUGAGGCUGAUGCGGCACUCAAGCAGGCGGAGCAGCAGCCGGAGAUACUGUGCGCCCAUUGUAUGCUGCAGCGCAAGCGCGAGCCGGGCGGCAUCUUCUCCAGCCAGUAUCUGUACCAGGACGACGAUGCCCAGCGACCCGGCUACGAGAUCAUUGAGCCGGGCACGCCCAUGUUGUCGCGGGCGAACGACGGCUGGUAUGGGUCCAAGAUGUCGCUCAGCUCUGGACGCAUGCGCUUCCGCACGGUGUCCAGCUCGAAGGACUUGGAGCAUACGCAACGCGUGGCCAGUCCUGCCAGCAAGGAGCAGCAGCAGGACGAUGACUUCCUGCGGCCGAACUACUUUCGGCGAGAGCGCGAGGAGUCCAUGCUGGAGUCGAGUCGCUGCAGCUGUGCGGAGCAGCGGGCGAUCGCUGCUGCUCGCCAAAUGGAGCAGCAAGCGGAGCACAACAACAACCACAGCGGCGACACGGAGCUGCCGCCGCCAUCCCAGAUGAGUUUCGUGCAGAAGAUCGUGACCUUCUUCGACCUGGACCUGCUGCGCGACAUAACGUUUGUGAAUCUGGUCUUCGGCCUGACGGUCAUCAACUUCGGGGAGCUGAACUUUGCGAUUCUGACGCCGCUCAUAUUGACGGACUUUGGAUUCGAGACGUCGCAGAUCACGGUGGCCAUGUCCCUGAUGGCCGGCAUGGACAUGAUGGUGCGCUUCCUGGUGCCGUUCGUCACCGAGAAGAUACCCUGGGAUAAUCGCGUCUUCUUUCUCAUUGGCGUCAUGGGCAUCGCCAUCGGACGCACCGGCGUCGCCUGCACGCGAUCCUACAUGGGCAUCCUGGCCAGCUUCACCUGGAUUGGCCUGUGCAAGGGCGUGCGCACCAUCUUCUGGCCACUGAUCAUACCAGGCUACGUGCCGCUGAAUCGUCUGCCAGGCGCCUCUGGCCUACAACUGCUCAUCACGGGAUUGUUUACGCUCAUCUUUGGUCCCUUUGUGGGUGGGUAUCUGUAUCUGUAUCUGUAUCUGUAUCUGUAUCUGUAUCUGUAUCUG